AGGGCGGGGUGAGAGGGGACCUGGGAUGACCCCUGACCCUGAGGGGUUAAAGGUCACCUCUGAGGUCACCUUGAGUCAGACCAGCGGACCUGUGACUGAGGGGCUACCUGAAUCAGACAUUACUAGUCGAACACCAACAUCCUCCUCUCCGGAUCCAGACAGAAGUAAUCAAAGACAGACAACCAGGACAGAAAUCAACAGUGGAACAGAUUCAUCAUUCAUCUCUUUAGAGACAGACAUUACUAGUGGAUCUCUAUCUCCCUCAAACACUCUAACAUCACAAAUCACUCUGACUCCCCCCAUCCUAACACACCCCACACACACUCCCCCAAACACCCUCACUGACUCACCCCUCUCCUCCUCCUCCUCCUCUUCCUCUCCUCUCCUCCCUACCCUCCCGGACUCACCCCUCUCCUCCUCCUCUUCCUCUCCUCUCCUCCCUACCCUCACUGAGUCACCCCUCUCCUCCUCCUCCUCCUCCUCUUCCUCUCCUCUCAUCCCUUCCCUCCCUGACUCACCCCUCUCCUCCUCCUCCUCCUCCUCCUCCUCCUCUCCUCUCCUCCCUGACUCAUACCUCUCCUCCUCCUCUUCCUCUCCUCCCCCUUACUCACCCCUCUCAUCCUCCUCCUCCUCUUCCUCUUCUCUCCCCCUGACUCACCCCUCUCCUCCUCCUCAUCCUCCUCUCCUCUCCUCCCUACCCUCCAUGACUCACCCCUCUCCUCCUCCUCUUCAUCUCCUCUCCUUCUUACCCUCCAUGACUCACCCCUCUCCUCCUCCUCCUCUUCCUCUCCUCUCCUCCCUACCCUGCAUGACUCACCCCUCUCCUCCUCCUCUUCAUCUCCUCUCCUCCCUACCCUCCAUGACUCACCCCUCUCCUCCUCCUCCUCCUCCUCUUCCUCUCCUCUCCUCCCUACCCUCCCGGACUCACCCCUCUCCUCCUCCUCCUCCUCCUCCUCCUCCUUCUCCUCCUCCUCCUCCUCUUCCUCUCCUCUCCUCCAUACCCUCCCUGACUCACACCUCUCCUCCUCCUCGCCCCUCAGUCCUGACAGAGACUACAACGGGACUACAAAUCCCUUCAUCUCCUCUUCAUUCACCACAGCAGAGCUGCCUCUGGGAGAUGUAGUCCAGACCACCGCCUCACCUCUGACCCCUGAUCGACCUCUACUGGUUACCACGACGACCAGCACCACGACGACGGACAGUGAAUCGCAAUGGCCAGAGACGGACACAGACACACCCCUGCUCUCACACACACACGCUACACACGCCAUCCAAACACACACACCUUUGUUGGACAUGUCACCUGCACACACACCUCUCUCACAGACACCUGUACUGUCCUCAACCGCGGCGUCCUCCCCCUCACCACUCAAUCCUAUCCAGGAUCACACCGCCACCCAUCCUGACCACUCAACCGCGGCGUCCCCCCCCUCACCACUCAACCCUAUCCAGGAUCACACCGCCACCCAUCCUGACCGUUCUGUUUUGACCCCGACCCCAACAGCUCUGACCUCUGACCCCAGUGGUUCGAACACAACUCCCCUCUACUCUGUCGUCACAACCACAACCACAACACAACCAUCACUGACCACGAAACAACCAUCCACAACCACAACACAACCAAUCUCUUCCACACAUUCCACACAGUCGUUCCCCAGGCUCAGGACCACCAGACCCCCACCCUGGUCCGCCCCUCACCCCAGCUCCACACACAGACCCAGGGUCUUCAUCCUGUCUGACCGGCCUGCUACCAUCAAAGAAGAGUCCAUUGAGUUGCUGCUGCAGGUGAUUCUGGAGGAGAGCAGCUCUGACCCGACCAGCAGUCUAGAGGACGACACUAUAGCCUGGGUGGCGCCCUACCUCCAGAGAGCCCCGGGAUUCCAGGACCUGCAGGGGGUUUGGAGCAGCGGUCAAGCGGUGCAGAGUGUGGUGGUGUUUAGGACCUCGGGAGCGUUGGCCUGGCUGGGCGUAUCAGGAGCGGGGUCUCUGCUGGAACGGACCGGAUUGGCCCAGGCUGUCAGAGAGGGGCGGAGCGUCAGAGGGUCAAAGGUUACGAACGUCACUGUGGGAGGUGUGCAGGAUGAUGUGUGCUUGUGGUUGUUCAACUGCCCUGCAGCAGGUUUUGAGUGUUUGUCCAGACCAGGUCACAUGGCCGUCUGUUCCUCGGUCUGUCACUCUGACUACUGUCACAACCAGGGCAUCUGUACCCACCACCCUCACCAACCACCCCUCUGCCAGUGCCCUGUGGGGGAUCAUUUCUGGUUCAUGGGUCGUCGUUGUGACGUGAGGAUGACGCAGCAGCGGCUGGUGGGGGCGUGCCUUGGUGUGCUGGUUGCCAUAGUUACACUGAUUGGCGCCGUGGCCUGGCUGGCGGUGCGACGAUACAGAGCCAUGUUGAUAAAGACUAAAGUAGACCAGACACGCAGCAGCUACCGUAGGUUCAACCACUUUGACGAGCUGUCAGGUCGUUUCUGGGGGCGGUCCGUUGGUGGAUCAGCUGACUCGUUGGAUAACCCCGUCUUCACCCGCUCCGACGAGUUGCUACACCGGAGGGCACUCGACCGCACCUGCUGUUACCACGACGAUACGCUGUCCCUGGCCUCCACCUGCCCUAGCAAUGGAACACACCUCAACACCGUCUACCCACACAAUUCCCAGUACGGCUGGGCGGUCAGCGAGGUCAGCCUGGCGGAGUGUGUGUUGGAUUCUGGGAAAGCCAGUGACCUGUCAGUGUGCAGCUGGCCCAUAGAACCCAUCCAGUGGACACCCUUCCCCUGCCAUCCUCUACACACAGAACCACCCGGUACCUAUUAG